ACACGGUGGCGCGUAUGGAAACAAUAAAGGCUUAUAAUGUGGAGGGAAGUCGUUGGUUGAACGGCUGCAUUUCAACUUAGCUGCGUGACGCGUCAUAUGCCGUGCACAUUCUACAUUGAACCAUCGACAAAAAAACCCCACAAACCGGUUCAGUUUAGCCGAGUGUUUCCGCGCUGGUGUCUUGUUUGAAAGUGUGCACAGUAGUUUCUGAGAAAGUACGGGACGUUCAGCAGUGCGUGCAGCACCUUCAGGCACCAGACACGCCCAGGUUUGUACUGCAGCAGGUGUCAAGUAUGGAGGUGACCGAAGGGACAGUGCAGUUGCGCAGCUGCGCAGCACCGCUCUUCUACAGACAAAGUAGACCUCCCCACGAGGUGAAGGUGUCAGUUUUACUUCUGCAUGGAAUCCGUUUCUCUUCUGAAAACUGGCUGAACAUUGGAACUCUGGAGACACUGGCUGCAGCAGGCUGCCGUGCUGUUGCCAUCGACCUGCCAGGACUCGGACAGUCCAAAGCUGCCGUGGCUCCUGCGGAGGUGGGCCAACUGGCCCCUGCGGGGUUCCUGAAGGAAGUGUGUGAGGCCCUGGAUCUGAGUCCGGUGGUGGUGAUCAGCCCCUCUCUCAGUGGGAUGUACUCCCUGCCCUUCCUGCUGGAGCACCAGUCCCUCGUACGGGCCUACAUCCCCAUCGCCCCCAUUUGUACUGACAAGAUCAAGGCGGAGCAGUACCAGAGAGUGAAGGUCCAGACACUUAUCGUUUAUGGAGACAAGGAUGCUCAGUUCGGUGAGGUGUCGUGCCAGAACCUGAGCAACCUGCCCAACCACAGGGUGGCGGUGAUGAAGGGAGCAGGCCACCCCUGCUACCUGGAGGACCCCGACACUUGGCACCAAAUCCUCACAGACUUCCUCCGUGAGCUGUGAAGACGGGUCCAAGCGUCCGGCUCAUCGUGAUUUGGACUUGACACACACUGAUUUUAGCCAUCAAAGUCGCUGACUUGCACUUUUGAAUUUGCUCAAAUCUCAUCCUAAUUUCUUUUGAAGGAAGACAUUUCAACCCACUGAGCCAGUUUUUUUUAUCCUUAUUCGUUCUUUAUAAAGUCCUAAACCUAGUUGAGAACAAACUAAUAAGUAAACUGUUGACUAGUGUGGAAUCGUACGACUCUAGUCAGGUGUUUAGAGCGAAUACUACCCUUGGAGCCAAGUCCAAGUUAGGAUCAAACAGGAAACAGAACCCACAGGUAUAUUCCUCUAUUUGUGGAUUUUGAAAUGUUUAAAUGAACCUCUAUUUGUUACUGUUGACAGCAGAACAGCCUAGUCAUUUUAAAAAAAAAAGAGAGAGACCAAGACUUGAGCUCCACGAAGCUGCUGCCCAGAUACAGCGGUUGACAAAAUAAUGGAAACACCUUAAAGCUAAAAAAGCUGUACACGCUGACAUUGAGCGGCACCAAAAUGUCAAUCAAGACGUGUCAAUCCGUCUCAGAGGGACCAAAUAAAAAAAGAGUUGUCUGACUCUGACCUGGUUUCAUCAUCAAUUUUAAACUCCUCAAAGACCUUUAACCAUUAAAUCUAGUUCAUAUAGUUAUCUAAUAUCAUAUCCCCCGCCUCCACUGUGUCUUUGUGUGGGGGUGAUAAUCUGAUCUUCUCGGACAAAGUAAAAAACACUGCAUAAAUACUGUUCAAUUUUUGCUUAUGAAUGAAUGUAGCCAACCCACAGUUCCUUUGUUGGUGUAUAACAGCGAAGAAAGCUGUUUGGUGCUGUUUGUUAAAACUGUGAUCCAAAAAGGAAAUGUGACCAGAGAAAUCAAUGAAAGUGAAAAAUAAAGUUCUGAUCAAAACUGCUGCUCUACUUUUUUACG